AUGAGAACAACACUAUUCUUUCAAAGGCACGUUGGAUGGACACUGCAAAUCUCGUGUCUGAUCUUACCAGUACUGAUAGCGUUGAGCCUUACAUUCUUGAUCCUCUCCCCUCCGACAUUUCCUGCGCUUGCGAUGUACGAGUUCAAGGGAUCCGUCUAUUCCAACGGAGAAAGUGGGAUUCUCUAUCCUUCUUGGACCAGGGGGGGAUGUAUGAAAUACGAUCAUGAAAAAUCGAUAUGUAAACGUACUUUACAGUUCAAACCAUCCGCCUCAUAUCUUCAUCUACCACCUGACGAGACCUUCAUCGAAAAGUUCCCAACAAUGGGUUGGAUGGCGUUCUUAUACGUAGCUUUGGCACUGGUGGGAUUGGGUAUUAUAUCCUUUUCUUUAGGACCUUUUGUGCCGGACUGCUAUUUUAUAUCAACCGGGCUAUUAUGGAUCGCAUCAAUCUAUUCUCCAAUCUUCGUCCUUAUGGGAAUGGGCUAUGGUCUAACUUGUCUAGAUAUGGUUUUCAUAUUUGCCAUACCGUUUUUGAUCGUCUCAUCAACGGCUAUUAUCACUCAGAUUUGUUCCAAGAUCAAACUCCAAGAUCCUCCAGGAGAAAGUGCAGAUAGGACGACGAACAAUAUCGAUAUCGAACUGCAAGUCCAACCUUCGAUCGAUAAAUGUGGCGAUUAA